AUGGCGAAGAUGAAGCAUGCAAAAAAUGCUGCGCCAGUUGCUGACAUUUCUCUGGUGAAAAAUUCAGUGAAUCCAAUGAAUCAGAAUAGCCAUGUAGGGGAAACUUCAAAGUCCAAGAAGGCGAAACCUGUGGAAGAUACAACCAUGCAAUGUUCAAACGAUGACAAAGCGCCUGUGGAAGACCUUUCUCCAGUGAAAUAUUCAGCGACUAAAGAAUUCGAAUCGCCGUGUCAUGGAAACUCCUAA